AUGAAGAAAUCAAAGGAAGACCACCGUUCAGGACUUUACCAAUCUACUCUAACCGAAUCAAAACAAGAGUCUCCUUGUGGUUCUUUUACAUCUUUAGGAUUUACAUUUUCUCCAUAUGCUGAACCAUAUAGACCUUCAAGAAGUGUUAAUGCUUCUCCAAUCCUUUCAAGAAGGGACCAACUCUUUCAAUCACUUUCAACAACAAGUGCCCCUUCUACCCCUGGUCUUUCUCAUUCACCACGAAGAUCAACAUUAUCUACUUCUACAACUUGUGAAGGAGGUCCUAAUACAAAUGGUAUUAUUAAUACUUCAUUAUAUAAAACAGAACUUUGUCGUUCAUUUGUUGAAACAGGAACGUGUAGGUAUGGAAAUAAAUGUCAAUUUGCUCAUGGUGAGAAAGAGUUAAGACCAGUACAACGACACCCUCGUUAUAAAACUGAGAUUUGUCAAACAUUUCAUCAGACAGGGACUUGUAAAUAUGGAAGUAGAUGUCGAUUUAUUCAUGUAUUACCAGGAGAACCUUCUCCUGUAUCUGAUUGUGUAGAUAUUCCUCAAACCCAAAAUUUUUCAGAUAUUUCUUCUACUGAUGAAGACUCAAACAGACUUCCUGUAUUUGAACAGCUUUCCCACAAUUAA